AUGGAGACAGGAUCGAGUGUUUUUUCAAUGACUCCACCGGUGUUUGAUGGAGAAAAUUAUCAAGCCUGGGCAGUGAGAAUGCAAGCCUAUCUAGAAGGUUGUGAUUUUUGGGAAGCUGUGGAACAAGAUUAUGAAGUUGCUCCCCUUCCCGACAAUCCAACCAUCAAUCAGAUCAAGCUUCACAAGGAGAGGACAACAAGGAAGGCAAAGGCAAAAAUUAUGGCUUGUGAAUCAGCCAAAGCUAUCUGGGACUUCCUCAAAGCCGAGUAUCAAGGAGAUGAGAGGAUCAGAAGCAUGAAGGGGCUAAAUCUGAUCACAGAAUUCGAGAGGCUGCGGAUGAAGGAGUCUGAGACAAUUAAGGAGUAUUCUGAUAAGUUGACAAGCAUUGCAAAUCAGGCAAGAGUUCUAGACACCGACCUCUACGAUAAUAAGCUAGUGCAGAAAAUUCUUGUCUCUUUGCCCAAAAGGUUUGAGGCAACCAUUGCCUCUUUGGAGAAUACCAAGGAUUUGUCUCAAAUCAAGUUGGCAGAAUUGCUUAGUGCUCUGCAAGCACAAGAGCAGAGGAGGUUAAUGAGUUUGGAAGGAAGUACGGAAGGAGCUUUGCAGGCCAAAGAACAACGGAAUGUAGGAGGGAAAGGCAAGAAGUGGAAAGGGAAGAAAUGGAAUGGCAGUAGUGGUUCGGAAGCUGCUGCAAGAGAGAACAGUGCGGGUAACUCCAAGAACAAUUGGGGAAGUACUCCAUGUGAAAGUUGGCUUGUUGAUAGUGGUUGCACAAACCACAUGACAAGUGAUGAAAAGUUAUUUAUAGAUCUUGAUAAGUCAUUGAAGUCAAGAGUGAGGAUUGGGAAUGGGGAGUACUUAGAAGUAAAAGGUAAAGGGACUGUAGCAAUAGAGAGUUGUGAGGGAACUAAGCUGGUUUCUGAUGUGAUGUAUGUGCACGAGAUUGAUCGGAAUUUGCUGAGUGUGGGACAGUUGGUAGAAAAGGGAUUUAAGGUGAUAUUUGAAGAGGGGAAGUGUUUAAUCUUUGACUCCGGUGGUCGGGAGCUGUUCAAGAUAAAGAUGCAACAGAAGAGUUUUUUCUCUGAAUCCUCUCGAGAAAAAGCAAGUGGCAUUCAAGUGCCCGGCCGUUGA